GCCCGGUCUGUCUGGCAGGCGCCUCCGUCCCGCAUCGCGGGCCAAAAUUGUUGAUUCCAGAAAGGAGAAAUGGUGGGGCACCCGAUGGGCUCCACCGGCAGAUUCGGCUCAACCCGCAGCAAAAUCGGCCCAUCCGCCUUUUUCAUCCCCGCCUGUCGGACCAGCCUGCGUCGGACAUUUCCUUUUUAUCAAUUGGCUGUGCCCCGGUCCACGUCGGCCUCGUAACUCACCGUCCAACAGCUCCCAGCUCGCCAGCCAGCACCUUGAGCAGCGUCAAUCUUCUGUCGGAACACUUUGGGGCUCGAGAAGCGACGCGGAGGAAAUAAUAUAGGAGGAGAGAGAAUAGACAAAAAUGGCCGAAGGCUCAUUGCUUGCGCGAAAGUAUGUCGACGGGAUAUACAUUCCCGUUGGCCUGCUCGUCGUGGGAACAGCCAUUGUGAAGCGGGAGUGGACAGCGUAUGCACUGCUGCUGGGGGUCGCCCUCGGUGCGAUCAAGUAUUUCAAUACCCUACCCAAGAAGGUCCUCAAGCCGGACGUCUUCCAGGAAUUCGAACUCAAGGAAAAGACCAUCAUCUCCCACAAUGUAGCCAUCUACCGCUUCGCCCUCCCAACACCGACCUCGAUCCUCGGCCUGCCCAUCGGCCAGCACAUCUCCAUCGGCGCGGUGCUCCCGCAACCCGACGGCACCUCGAAGGAGAUCGUGCGCUCGUACACGCCCAUCUCGGGGGACCACCAGCCGGGGUAUUUCGAUCUCCUCAUCAAAUCCUACCCGUCAGGCAACAUCAGCAAGCACAUGGCGUCGCUGGCCAUCGGGCAGACGAUCCGCGUCAAGGGCCCCAAGGGUGCCUUCGUCUACACGCCCAACAUGGUGCGCCACUUUGGCAUGGUCGCUGGCGGCACCGGCAUCACGCCCAUGCUGCAGGUCGUGCGCGCCAUCAUCCGCGGCCGCAAGGACGGCGACAGGACCGAGGUCGACCUUAUCUUUGCCAAUGUAACUGAGCAGGAUAUCCUGCUCAAGGAGGAUCUCGACCAGCUGGCUAGGGAGGACAAGGGGUUCAGAGUCCACUAUGUCCUGGAUAAGCCGCCCGCCGGGUGGACCGGUGGUGUGGGCUACGUGACGGCCGAUAUGAUUGCGAAAUGGCUCCCCAAGCCCGCCGAUGAUGUCAAGAUCCUGCUCUGCGGUCCCCCGCCCAUGGUGAGCGGCCUGAAGAAGGCUACUGAGAGUCUUGGGUUCAAAAAGGCGCGGCCUGUCAGCAAACUGGAGGAUCAGGUGUUUGCCUUCUAAGAUAAAGGCUGAGAUGGACGGUCACUUACAUCGCAAACCGCUCUACAAACCUACCUCCUUCAACCACCCGGGGAAAGCGGCAAUAAAUUGAACCGCGUUAGUAUAGGUAACUACAAAAGGUUCGGACGCAAUGAGUUGUGUCCAUGUUAGAAUCCGACAGGAUCCAUUUGUUUAGAUUGGGGAUCUAAGCGGAUGCUGAGGAGGGUCAAAGUCUAAUAUAAUACACCCCUUCUGUAACCC